UAACUGCUGGGAAAGUUCAGGAUCGAGACAUGAGAUUGUAUCAACCAAUUUUAUACAUCUUAAAUGGUUGAUAGAGGAUCUUGAAGGAAUGUCUGACUUGUGUAUGUAUAAGGACUUUUGCAAUUCAAGUUCAAGCUAAGGACCAUGAAAUGGAUGCAGUAGUAUAAUAAGAUAUCACUGGUAUUUGCUGAUCUUGUGGUUGGUCAUAAGUUGGUGUAGCUGAUGUUGCCAUUGAGGUGAAGGCGACAUCAUUAGUAACCGAUACAAGUAACUAAUGGUCAAUAGUCUAUGCAAAGCUCUCGCUUAUAGAUGGGCUCUGUAUUAUUCUUUUUUUUUCCACUCAAGGACAAUAUUUGGAAUGAUUUCACUGAGAUUGAUGAUUAUAUAGUGCCUCAUAUUGGUGAACUUUGGGAUCUAUUUGAAGUACAGAGUGGUAGUCUCGAGAAAUCUAGGCGUGAAGUUGUUGGCUUUACAAAUGAUCCUUACUCUGCAACUAAGUUCAGUUUUCAUGAUAGGGAGAAAGUAAGAAUACAGACAUCGAUCAUGAAGGAUACAGUCUUGGAAAAAGAUUCAUGGUCUCAAACACCUGAUGGUGUUCCUUCUUCAUUAAACAGUGACUCAUUCAAAGAUGUGAAAAUGGAAUCAAGUAGUCUUAGUAUGUCAAACAAUGGCUUUAAAACAGGCGUGGGUACAGAUCUUGAUUACUGCACAGAUGAUCGUAUUGUAACCGACAAUAGUGCUGCAGACGAGAAUGACAUGUAUCAAUAUUCUGUCAGUCACAUGUCCCAAACAGAUAAUGAUAUUAGUUUUCUUGACGAUGAUCAUGAAAACAAAGAAAAUACUGAUCUUUUGUAUUAUGGGUGGCAAGAUAUAGGAAGCUUUGAGGACGUCGAUAGGAUGUUUAGAAAUUGUGAUUCAACAUUUGGGCUUGGGAAUCUAAGCAAUGAAGAUGACCUACGCUGGUUUUCCCCAUCCCAUGGCUCUGAAAAACUUGAAGAUCCAUCAAAGCCAAACUUCAAAUUUUCAUGCUGUGAAGGAAGUACAAUAAAUGAUGCAUCGGAAUUUAAUGAAGAUUCUAAUCCUGUGAAUUCAGACCCUUCAUCUGAUGGUUUGAACAGAAAUAAUAUUUUAACGGGGUGCAAGGUGAAUGAUGGGAUUACAGAUAUUGGUGAAUCUCCUGCUAUUAGUCACUUAUCAGCUGCUGACGUGUCAGAUAUAAAAAGCAAUUCUAGAGGUGACUUGAUGCCUAAAAACCAGGAGUCAUCUUAUGCAUCUAAUCAACUACAGUCUAUACCUAGCUCUCAUUAUCCUUCCUUUGACGCUGCAACAGUUGCAGCAAAUGAAAACAGAGAAAAACUGUACCACCAGGAUUUACAAUCCUCAUUCAAUAAGAAUUUUGCUUUUAUGUCUACGCCAAGCACAGAGCCAUUCAAUACUUCGUUUCCAGUUAGGAAGCAGGUGCCACGGUCUGAAAGUGAUAUUGAUGAUGGUCACAGUGAAACUGGAGUAGUUAGCAGAGGAAGUCGAGCCGAAUUAGAUUCGUCAAAUACACAGGAUAAGUCUUGCAGGAGCACUAUGCUUGAUGGAAUCUCUUUGGAAGCAACUAGUUUUCGCCAGCUUCAACAAGUAAUGGAGCAGUUGGAUAUUAGGACAAAACUAUGCAUAAGAGAUAGUCUAUAUCGCCUGGCUAGAAGUGCAGAGCAGAGACAUAACUGUGCUAAUCUUAAUGAGAAUAUUGGAGAAGAUAAACUUGUGAGAAUCGCGCCGUCGAUUGAUCAAGACACAAACAGGAGUGGAGGAUUUUUGGAUCUGGAAACUGAUACCAAUCCUAUAGACCGGUCCGUUGCUCACUUGCUAUUUCACCGGCCUUCGGAUCCAUCUAUAAUGCCUGUUGGUGGCAACACCUUGCCUCUGAAAUCUCACAAACUGGUGCCACCCGAAAAACAAACUUUCCAGGACGAAACCGGUGGAGUUGCUGCUGCUGCUUGUGCCGAUCAAAAGCCAUUGGCGAAUGGGAAGAAACUAUGAGCAGUGAGCUCUGUAAAAUAUUGUGUAAUAACACGAGUGAGGCCCGGCACCGAUGCAUGGUGUGAUUCGAUAACUUUACGAUCUUAGAAUCUGUGUGAUAUGUUCCUGCCAUGCAUCCUUGUUGGUCCAGUUAAAAUAGGCUAUAAUCUUCUCGUCGUCUUUGGCUAAUGUAUUCAGAUCAGAGCCUGUGUUAACUUGUACUGAUUUACAAAAAAAAAGUGUUAAUGUGCAUUAGUUAAUUGCUUUGAUAGGCUAAUCUCUGUUCACAGGCUCAUGUUACUUACCUACAGCACAGUCAACUGGUGGAAGACUCCUCUCUUUUGAUUGAUUUCUUUUUUUUUUCUUUUUUUGGCUCUGUUAGGAAGAUGGAAUUUUAAAUCAACUUAGUUUGUAUGUUUUAGUGAUUUAAUUGGGUUUAAAGUUUAGAUUAUGCUC